CUCCUAAAUAAAUUAAGCCGUAUCAAAUUCUCUUCUCUCCAUGAAAAUCUGUGUUCAUGGGCUUUCAUGCUACGGAGUCUCCAGGCAUGAAACAGCGGAACCCUUCAUGGAUUUUCUCUCUCCUAUCUGAGAAGUUCUUUGAUCCAUGUCUUCUCCAUGAUCUGUACUCUAAGAAGAACGAGAAGAACACAUUCUGCCUGGAUUGUUGUAUUAGCAUCUGCCCUCAUUGUCUCGGUCUUCACCGCUCCCAUUGCUUACUUCAGAUUCGCCGGUAUGUGUAUCACGACGUCAUCAGGCUCGACGAUAUGGAGAAACUGUUUGACUGCAGUUCUGUGCAGUCCUACACCACCAACAGUGCGAAAGUUGUUUUCUUGCAUCAGAGAUCUCAAUCACGCCCCGUCAAAGUUAAAGGCUCCGGUGGCUUCUGCAACACUUGCGACAGAAGCCUUCAAGAACCUUACCAGUUCUGCUCUCUAGCCUGCAAGGUGGAGUAUCUCGUGGACUGCGAUGGAUGCAUCUCGGGAAAUCAACACGAAUGCGACUUCUUGCCAUUGUCGCUGUCGGAUUACGUAUGCGCGGAUAUCGAUGGAGCGAAGGCGCUGAAGCAAGGACAGAUGACGCCGAAUUCGGUUCUGGACAGUGAGACGAUGGUCUUUUACCGUACGCCCUCCGUUUCCAGCUCCAGCUGCACUAACGGCAACGUUGGGUGUUUAACGGCCGGAUGUACUGCGACAACGGAAAACGUUACGAGGGAGAGAGGGUCGACCGAGAUGGCGACGGCGACGGGGAGUCCUUACUACCAAAAUAAGCCUCGCAAUGCUGCUGCUUCGAAGCGAAAAGGAGUUCCAUUUCGUAGCCCUUUCUAUUAAUGUGGGCAGUCUAAGUCUGUGUCCUUGGCUUCUUUGAAUUUGAUCUUGUUUUUCAUGUGGUCUUCGGAUUUUCAUUGUUUGCCGGUGCUGAGCAGAAUGAAACUAUGACCAAAGAAGUCAAAUGAUGCUUUUAAGUCAGGGACUGAAGAGACAAAGGGGGCAAAGUGGAAAUUUUCAAUUCCAUAUUUCCAGUUGUUGAAUUCCACGAUUUUUCAAUUGUUAGAAUGCAACACAGUGUUAGUACAUAUUGGGCUGGAAUUAAUGGGUUUUCGGGACAGUC